CGCUACCAACAAAAGCAGUUUAGCAGUUGUGCAAUUCCAAAUUUUUGGUCCUGCACUUGGCUGAUUCGGCCACCAGGAAUAAAAGCUUGAUUGAAUUGGUUCCUUCCCAUUUUCCAUUGCGAUAGCGGUAGAAGUUAGGCAGUCGUGAAGGCAAAGAUGGUCGACCUUCGCCAGCUCUAUGUCAACGAURGCAACGCUAAUGGAGAAACAUUUGUGAGCGUAAAGGAUCUAMGGAAGGAAUAUCAAUCAAGUCUGAAUGUCGAGGGUAACAAGAGAGAAGUUUUCGAUGACGAUGACAGAAGCUACAUAAGCGCAAGCGUGAGCGUAAAAGAUCGCCUGAGACAAUACCAGUCAACAACGGCACUCGAUACUCGACAAGACAUCGAUCAAGAGGAAGUCGUUGAUGCGGAAGACAGAAAUGGGGAAGAAAKAAAAAAUAAAAAUGAUGCGGGCCGAUAUAAAGACUACCAGGAGGAAAGAGACUUGAUGYAUUCUACCAAAGAUACCGCUAGUGUUGUUUCCGCCAGCAUUUGYAGGAGUUCUGCUCUUAGUCCCGUUGCAUUUCCCAYCACAAUUCCGAAAAAUAGAGUCAGUCUSAUCAAGGCAUCGUGCAGACUUUUGUCUUCAUCCUCUCCUUCGAGCUCUAGCAACACCCRACAUWGCUUUCCUCCCCUUACAGUUUMUUUUCAAAAGGGGGAAGAAGAUGCCGUCGAAAAAGAGGGCCUUUACUACGGCAAUGUGUCAUUGAGAAAAGUUGCGCCACCCGURGAAGAYGGAUGGAAAAAAAAUCUGAAUAUAAACUCGAUAGAUGCAUCAGCCGAUGACGAUAAUGAAUCUCUUUCCUCUGCCGCUCCCGACGGCAGGAAAGACAAUGAURCAAAUCAAUUGUUGAUUCGAAGAAAGUCCUUACCACCAGUGAAGUCGGAAUUGUCAAAUCUGAUGGACGYUUAUUCUCCCUCACCAUCAUCGCUACAAACGAGAGAAUCCUUAUUAAAGAAAAAGAAUUCCAACGUGAAACACAAGCGACAUAGCUCCGUGAUCAAUCAGAGCACAUCAUCAUUGCCAUCGUGGCAAGUAAGAUCAAAAAAAGAUCUAACUUCACCUUCCAAACCUUCGGAUGACCCGAACAACCAAAUUCAGGACUUCGUCUCAGAAAAUGAAAAAUUUCAGAAAGAUGUGGCGGCAGCCCUAAAGAAGGUAGGCCCUGCAAUAGAAGAAAGAUGGAAAGUGAUCAAGAAUUCUGCUGAGCACCUUUCGGAGACAUCUAGAUCAUCACUUCUUACCAAUAUAAAGUYGAAACACGUUGGAUCAACAACAAGUAUUGCACCAAAUGAWCAAUCGAMGMACAGCAGAAGGAUUUGGAAUMAGAAYCGAGAACCAAAUGAUAUGGAGGAAAAGUCAUUGUCGCAUAUCAAACGACAACACGAAGUCGAAGUAGCAACUAAAUACAAUGCAACCGAAGUCACGYAUGGCAAAAAACCUGCAGUUCGAAGUAGAGUAUCUGAUCUUGCAAAGACAUUUUCUACCAAAACGUUGAAAGGUUCACCUGAGGAUGACAAUGAAGUGUCGCCCGAGUCAAACGAAAUCGAAAAGGUACGAAACUCCCUGAGAUCAACGCCAAAGGGACUUGAGGGAAGACGCGAUUCAUUUACUUCCGCUUCGCCAGUUGCGGCGUUGAUUGCGGAGAAAAUCAAAGCGAUCGAAAAUAAAAACACWAAGGAAGCCGAGGGAAGACGUGAUUCCUUGAGUUUAUCCUCUCCCGUAGCGAAGUUAAUUGCGGAGAAAAACAAAGCCAAUUCGACAAAAAAUAGCACCGUAGAAAACCUAAGAAAGAAGUUCGCGCCGUCUGGCCAGAGCACUAUGAAAGGAAGAAGGUCUUUUGGUUCUGCAAACACAAAAUCACCAAAAUAUAUGAACAGAAAAAGCUAUUUAGAUAGAUCGACUUCGGACGGAUGUCUUGCGACACAAAAUUCCUAUCURCAGGAUAAAGGGGGUCAACCGAGUGACCCUCAAGAGAAAAGAGACGAAAACACCCUCGAGCGCGACAUYGCCGAUUAUUUUUCGAGUAAURGUGAUUGGGAAAGUACAGAUGCAUGUGAUAUGUUCCCUCUCUCUUUUCCACCAGAAACAGAGGAUAAGGAUUCGCUUUUCUUCAAUACUGAGAGAGUGAGCCCGAAACUAUCGGAGGUGAGCAACGCAGCAAGCGAAGACGACGUACUAUUACAUUCAUUUUCGACGAUUUCUGAAAAUACAGCAGAUAGCGAGUCUCCRUGGCCUUCUUUGGGUGAGAGCAGAUACAUUCAAUUCGCUCUGAGUUCUGGAGGUGUUACAGAAAARGUGGAACCAAACAUCAAUAUAUUCAUGGCGCCGUCUGUUGACUGUCCUUCGAUGGCAUCCGUGACAGACGUCUCCUCCAGAAAAGACAGAAUGAAAGGCCUGGUAGACCCUUUGAAGGGAGCCAAGAAAUUUUUCUUCGGYAAAAAUAACAAGAAAAAGAUGACGGAGGAUGAUUCCUUUUCAUUUUAACAAAGCACCAAAACUCAAGUUUUCUGGUACAAUCCMCCUGUGCAAGCAAGCUGGGGGAAAGAACGGCGUUUAUUCAUUAUCUAUAAGAAAUCUAAGUUGUCCAA